AUGUCGCUCAACGUGCAAGUUGCGUCCCUCGUCGUAGGGUCGGUGGGCUUGUCCAUUGCCGCCCUCGACAGUAUACCAGCCAUUAACUGUAUCGUGGGCCGUCUGGUGCGCAAGUCAGCGUCAUUUGAGGAAGCAGAUCUCGCCAAAUCUGCCUAUCGCGACGAAGAUGGUGAAGCGACUGAGGAAUCACUCAAGGCCUUUUCAGAUUGGUGGCAUCGUUGUGCCAUUGCGGUUUUCUCGGUCAUCGGCUUUGGAGUGGCCCUUGCGCUAGCCGUGCUGGCCACGCUGAGACAUGAAUGGGGCUAUCUGGAGUUAACAUGGUUGGAAUUUGGAGUUUGGACACUUUUGGCUGUUCAAGCCAUUGCUUUUUUCAUCGAGCCUCGUCCAACUCGUCGCUUCGAGCUCGGCCAGUAUGCAUUUGGUGGCAGUUUGACUGCCGUUACUGUCACCGCGAUUCAUCUGCGACUCGUUUGGGUCACGCAGCGUUCUCUACUGGACGCCAAACCGUGGAUCAUUCUGGUCUCAAUCCUCCUUGCCAGUGCAGCCCUGCGUGGGUUGUUUACCCUGCUCCUGCCACGCCGACCCAAUGUCUACUAUGAUGGUCAGGCUGUGGAUAGAGAGCUCACUGUGUCUGCUUUCGGUCGUUUCACAUUUUCGUGGGCGGGCGCUGUGUUAGAUUAUGCUACGAAGCACCGGCAAAUGGAGCUCAAAGACCUGCCAAAGCUGCGCGCAGCCAAGCGCGCAGCAUCUCUUCGAGAUCACUUUGAGAAAGCUCGAGGCAAUCGCAGCAUUGGCACAGCCAUUGUCGUUGCGCACUGGGACUCUCUGGCUCUCCAGCUCUUUCUCACCAUCGUGAUCAGUAUUCUGAACUUUGGGCCUCAGAUGGCUCUGUUCAGAAUCCUAGCCUCCCUGGAGACUCGUGGAACUGAGCUUUUCGACCCGUUUCAAACAUCUCUCUGGGUCGUUGCUUUGGGUGGCUUGAUGCUGCUUCACUCGACCGUGGAAGCUUGGUUGUUCUGGUGCGUCUGCUCGAAGCUUUUCGUGCCCAUUUACGCGGAGCUCUCGGCUGUUGUCUUCGCGAAAUCAAUGCGUCGCAAGGAUACCAAGACCGCAAAGAAAGCCAAGGGUAAGGACGAUUCAGAGGCAGCGAAGAAGGGAAGCUCCGAGGAAGAAAACCAGGGGCAAGAGGAGGAGGAGGAAGAGGAGGAUGACGAGGCUUCAAUGAAGAAGAGUCGACAGAGCAUCAUCAACCUCGCCGCCGUGGACGCGAGACGUAUCUCCGAUUUCACAUCGUAUGCCUACCUGAUCCCACUCGCCACCUUGAAAAUCAUCAUCGGAUGCUCUUUCCUGGUGAAUAUUCUGGGCUGGCGCAGUGCCUUUGCGGGCAUUGCCGUGUCCUUGCUGAUCACUCCGCUCAACAUCUACGCGGCGAAGAAAUUCACUGCGUCCCAAGACAUUUUGAUGAAACUCCGUGAUGGGAAAAUGGCUAUUGUCACGGAAGUCUUGCAGGGAAUCCGGCAAAUCAAGUUCUCUGCGCUGGAGGAUCAGUGGCAGAAGAAGAUCACCCAAGCACGAGAGGCUGAGCUCAAAGCCUUGUGGAUCUCAUUUCUCUACGACGUCGUUCUGUUUGCCAUCUGGAUUCUAGGUCCAGUGGGAUUGUCAGCUGUUUCUCUGGCAGUCUACGCGUUGAUGCACGGCGGCCUGACCGCCUCGGUUGCGUUCACUGCCAUGGCCAUCUUUGGUUCCCUUGAAAUGUCGCUGGCGAUCUUGCCGGAGAUCAUCUCCAAUGGCCUGGAGGCCAAGGUCAGUGCCGAUCGUAUUGACGAUCACAUGAACUCGGCAGAAAAGAUUGUCAAUACGGUUCCUUCGGACCACAUUGCGUUUGAGGAUGCGACUGUCGGCUGGCCAGCAGAGAAGGCAGAUAAUGAGACUGAGGAGGAUGAGGACCGUUUCCUUUUACGAGAUUUAACCAUCAACUUCCCAACCAAGGGUCUCAGUGUGGUCUCUGGGCGCACGGGAUCCGGGAAGAGUCUGUUGCUCUCAUCAGUCUUGGGGGAAUGCGAUGUGAUCCAGGGUACUAUCAAAGUUCCUGUCCCACCCCCAGGCAAAGAACGCUUUGAUAAUCAUGCCACGAGCGCGGACUGGAUCAUUGACUCGGCUAUUGCGUACGUUGCGCAAAUACCUUGGAUUGAGAAUGCUACCAUCAAGGAUAACAUCUUGUUUGGUCUGCCUCUCAACGAGGAGCGAUAUAAAAAGACACUCUUCGCAUGCGCCCUAACAAAGGAUUUGGAGAUGAUGCCUGACGGUGAGCUCACUGACAUUGGCGCAAAUGGUGUCAAUCUGAGUGGUGGCCAGCGAUGGAGAGUGUCGUUUGCUCGUGCCCUGUACUCGCGGGCAGGUAUACUGGUGAUGGAUGAUAUCUUCAGUGCUCUCGAUGCGCACACCGGUCGCCACGUCUUCGAGCACGCCUUGACGGGCGAACUUGGUCAAGGCCGGACCCGUGUCCUGGUCACUCACCACGUGGCACUUUGCCUCCCUAAGACCGAUUACUCUGUGUUGCUAGAGAACGGCCGCGUCAAGUACGCUGGCACAAUUGACGAGCUACGCAAGGAAGGCCACCUUGAAGAAUUGUUGGAAACGGAACGUGAAGCGAUCAAGCAAGAUGAAAAUCCAUCCAACGAAGAGAUUGUCGUCCAAGAUUCGGAACAAGUAACCCUUCAAAAAGUCGUCUCGAGCACAUCGUCUCCACCAAACAAGUCCCAAACUGAUCCUGCAGCGAAGGCGCUGCCCCCUAAGAAGUUCAUCGAAGACGAACAACGAGAAGUCGGCUCGGUUCGACUGUCAGUUUACAUGAGGUAUUUCAAGACGGGUGGUCAAACUACGAUCUGGAUCGUCACAUUAUGUGUGUAUCUGAUCUAUUGGGCCCUCACCAUUGGUCGCUCUUGGUGGAUCAAUAUCUGGACCCGUGAAUCGUCCAACACGGAAGUUCGUCCGGAACAGUUCACUACAUUGCUGCAGUAUACCAUGUCGCCCAAUUCAACCACUGCCACCGACGAUGAUGACCGCAGCCUACAAUGGUACCUGGGUAUCUACGCUUUAAUCUCCGUACUCGCGUGUGUUUUCGGCACCGCUCGAUAUUAUUUCAUGCUCCGCAACAGCGUUCACGCCUCAAGACACUUGUUCAAUGGCCUCACCUACGCUGUUCUCCGCGCGCCGCUUCGAUGGCUAGAUACUAUGCCUCUUGGGCGAAUUCUGAACAGAUUCACGUCCGACUUCCAUAUGAUCGACUCCCGUAUAGGUUACGAGUUUGCCUUCUUCGCGGGUCAGAGUCUCGAAGUGUGCGGAAUUGUGCUUGCUGGUGUGCUGGUCUCCCCCAUGGUUCUCAUUUUAGCCGCGAUUCUUUUCGGCAUCUGCAUGCGAUUCUCUAUGACCUACCUCGCAGGCGCGCGGGAACUGAAGCGCCUUGAAAGCACUGCGAAGAGUCCCGUAUUCGAACAUUUCGGAUCCAGCUUGGCUGGUCUGAUCACCAUCAGAGCGUUCACCAAGAGUGAAACCUUUAUUGACAUCAUUUACGACAAGAUCAAUGCGCAUGCCCAGGCCUGGUGGACAAUGUGGCUUUUCAAUCGUUGGUUGGGUAUUCGUAUGAAUAUUGUUGGUGCAGUCUUCUCGACAAUCACGGCUGCACUCGUGGUGUCUCUACCUGGAAUUUCGGCCUCGCUUGCCGGAUUCGCGCUAAGCUUUGCUCUCCAAUGCAACACUGCCAUUGCAUUCGUUCUGCGACAGUACGCGAACAUCGAGCUCAACAUGAACGCCACCGAGCGAGUCAUUGAGUAUUCGAACAUCGAGCUAGAAAAUCAGGGUGGCGUCGACGCACCCGCCGCAUGGCCCACAGAAGGUCGACUCGAAGUCAACGAUCUUGUUGUCGGGUACGCACCUGAUCUGCCGCCGGUCCUGAAGGGACUUUCUUUCACGGUCGAGAAGAACCAGCGUGUUGGCGUGGUGGGCCGUACCGGAGCUGGCAAGUCUUCUCUGACUCUUGCGCUCUUCCGAUUCCUCGAAGCUCGUGAGGGUGAGAUCCUCAUCGACGGUCUCGAUGUCUCCAAGAUUACCCUUCACGACCUUCGAAGUCGCUUGGCCAUUAUACCCCAAGAUCCCGUGCUAUUCUCGGGAACCGUGCGGACCAAUCUUGAUCCCUUCGAUGAGUACAGUGACUCCGAGCUCAAGGAUGCAUUGGCCCGAGUUCAUCUGAUCUCUGCUCCGAAUGACGAUGACGAGAACACCCUGACUUCUCAAACGGCCACGCCCUUCCAAGGCGGUACAGGCUCAACCACACCCGAUACAGCCACCGCUCGUCAGACCAACUCAAACAUCUUCACCUCCCUGUCUGCUCCCAUCUCAGAAGGCGGUCUCAACCUGUCACAAGGUCAGCGCCAGCUUCUCUGCCUCGCGCGUGCCAUUGUCGCUAGGCCCAAGAUCAUGGUCCUUGAUGAGGCCACCUCCGCCGUGGACAUGGAGACAGACGCGCUCAUCCAGCAGUCUAUCCGUGCAGAGUUUGGCCGCAAUGCAACUACGCUACUGGUCAUUGCUCAUCGUCUCAGCACCAUUGCCGACUUUGAUCGCAUUUUGGUCAUGGAUGCUGGCAAGGCGGUUGAGUUUGGGCCUCCCAAAGAGCUGAUCGAGAUUGAGAACGGCGUCUUCAAGAAUCUGGUGGAUAACAGCGGAGAGAAAGCGGUUGUAGAGAAGAUGAUCUUUGGUGGGGAGUGA